GGAGGCCUGAGAGCUGAGAAAAGCAUUUCGAGUUGUUAGAGUUUAGAUGCCGCUUGUCUCCACCCCGGCUCCAGUUCGGUAAGUGUUAGGUCUUAAUUGCAUGAUGUUAACGGGACCACAAUAACCAGCCUCACUUGAAUUUGUUUCCGCUGAGACAGUUCUGCUUUUUAAGCCGCCAUCGCCUACCAGAAGCACCAUGAAAUGCUAGAGCUGAAGAUCACACUGAGGAUGAGCCUUCUGGGUCCCUCAGCCAGUGGUAGACCCAGAGCGGAUCCUUCCUGUAACACUGCUGGCCAGAGAAGUGAGUCCAGAGGGGAAGCUGGGAACUGGGAGAUGAGAUCGCCGUGCUUCCCCCAGGACUCAGACAUGGGGUGCCUUCAGCCACAGCUCCUCUUGACUCUGCUAAUCGCUAUGCUGCAGUGCAGUGAGGGGGCUCCAUCCUGGCAUGUGUCCCUGCCCUCCUCCCUGAAGGCCCUGAAGAACUCCUGCGUGGUCUUGCCCUGCUCCUUCAGGGCCCCACCAGAAGCCAGGUCCCCCUACACCAUCACCUGGUACCUGUACCGCUCCGUGGGCUACCCCGAGGUCUUUCGCAGCACUGCCCAGGCCAGUGCCCAGAGCGAUGCCCAGGCCCGCUGGAAGCUGCUUGGGGACCCGGCCCAGGGGGAGUGCAGUCUGCGGCUCAGCCCCGUGCUCCCCAGCGAUGCUGACGCCUACUACGUCUGGAUCAACUCCGAGGGAGGGAGCCAUGGCUUUUACGACAACACCCUGAAGUUGACCGUGGAAGAAACUCCGGAGCCGCUGCAGCUGCAUGUCCCCAGGGAGCUGAAGGAGGGGGUACCCGCCACCCUCACCUGCUCCGUCCAGCACACCUGCCCCUCGGACCCCCCUACCCUGACCUGGUCCGGCCUGGGGGAGGCCGCCAACGUGAGCCACCAGCCUCUGCGGGAUGGGUUGUGGCAGCUGGUAUCGCGACUGCAGCUGGUGCCCUCGGCCUCGGACAACAGUCGCCCUGUGGAGUGCAUGGUGCUAUACCCCAGCGGUCAGCAGAACUGGGACAGGACCAACCUCCGCGUCAAGUACCUGCCCCGGGCAGCCCAGGUGUCGAUACAGGGUUCUGGACCACUGACCGAGGGCGGCUCUGUCACCCUGCACUGUACCUGCCAGAGCCACCCGCCGGCCCGGGGUUUCCGCUGGACCCAGGGACCCACACGCACGAGCAUCCCGGGGGCCGGAGACCUGGACACCGUGACCUUGACGGGCCUGCUCCGCGACACCGGGCCCUACUACUGCGCCGGGAUCAAUGAGCUGGGUGUCGGGGAAGAGUCGGCGCCGCUGAACCUGGACCUGCAGUACAAGCCGCUGCUCCUGCCCCUGGGAAACUGCUCAGCACAGCCCGACGGGGGGCUGAUGUGUCACUGUGGGGCCCGGGGGAACCCGGACCCGAGCCUCGAGUGGCUGCUGCCCGGCGUUGCCCACCCUGUGCCCGGAGACUACAACGACUCGGCCAUGAGUGCUGUCUCCUCAGUCUGGGACGGGGCCGUGCUCGGGGAGCUCUGGAUGCUCGCUUCCCCGCCAGGGAACGUGACCUGCCGGGCACUGAACCUCCAUGGCCAGAGCGAGCUGCAGCUGCCCCUGUUGCCUCUGCCACCCUCAGGGUCAGAACGGCAGCUGCUUAUGGCCUUGGGGGCCAGUGGGGUCGGGGUGCUGCUGGUCCUGGUCCUGAUGAUUGUGGUCUGCCGGUGGAUCCGAAGCCGAAAACACGGAGCUCAGUCUCCCUUGGGCCUGAGCCUGCAGAGAGAAAACCAGGUUGGGGAAAAGCUGAGCCGGAGCCCCAGCAGCGUGGGGAUCGGGAAUCUCAUCCACAUGUAUCACACCCAGCGGGGGCCGGGACCGCCCCUCAGCCAGAAGCUGGCGGGAGAGAAGUUUGAGUUUCCAGGCCCAGAUGCUGAUUAUGAGAACUUUGAAGUGUUUGUUGGGGGCAGCCAGCCCAACUACCUGACCGAGCAGAUAUACUCCAACAUGUGACCCCCGAGCGGCCCCCCGCCCCAUUCUUCAGCAGGGUGAAGGCCUACCACCCCUAGCCUCGCCCAACUGCCACCUCUGCCCAGCCAGCAAUGGGGCUCCAGUUUCUAAUCCCGGAUGCGGGACUACUGUGUUCUGGCCUGGUGUGGGUGGGAGGGACCUUGCCUCUCCAACCCAUCACCUCUGCUCCCUUGGUCUGCCUAUUCUGGGGAGCUGCUCCUCUAGGGAAAAGGGCCUUGUUUCCACUCACUUCCUCUUCCCUCUCUUCUUCCUCAUUCCCUUCCUCCUCAUGUCUCGCAGGACACAAGAUUCUUUAAAUAAAUCGGUUUCAGAACAAA